AUGAUCGCGGAGCCUGCUCACUUUUACCUCUUUGGAUUGAUAUGUCUCUGUUCAGGCUCCCGUCUUCGUCAGGAAGAUUUUCCACCUCGCAUUGUUGAACACCCUUCAGACCUAAUUGUCUCAAAAGGAGAACCUGCAACUUUGAACUGUAAAGCUGAGGGCCGCCCCACACCAACUAUUGAAUGGUACAAAGGUGGGGAGAGAGUGGAGACGGACAAAGAUGACCCUCGCUCACACCGCAUGUUGCUGCCAAGUGGAUCUUUAUUUUUCUUACGAAUUGUACAUGGACGGAAAAGUAGGCCGGAUGAAGGGGUCUACAUCUGUGUAGCGCGGAAUUACCUCGGCGAGGCUGUGAGCCACAAUGCAUCGCUGGAAGUAGCCAUACUACGGGAUGACUUCAGACAAAAUCCCUCCGAUGUCAUGGUGGCAGUGGGAGAGCCCGCAGUGAUGGAGUGCCAGCCACCACGAGGCCAUCCUGAGCCCACCAUUUCUUGGAAGAAAGAUGGCUCUCCACUGGACGACAAAGAUGAAAGGAUAACUAUACGAGGAGGAAAACUCAUGAUUACUUACACCCGCAAGAGUGAUGCUGGAAAGUAUGUGUGUGUCGGCACCAACAUGGUUGGGGAACGUGAGAGUGAAGUGGCGGAGCUGACCGUGUUAGAGAGACCAUCAUUUGUGAAGAGACCCAGUAACCUGGCAGUCACUGUGGAUGACAGUGCGGAGUUCAAAUGCGAGGCCCGAGGGGACCCUGUGCCUACAGUGCGGUGGAGGAAAGAUGACGGGGAACUGCCCAAAUCCAGAUAUGAAAUCAGAGAUGAUCAUACUUUGAAAAUACGAAAGGUGAUGGCUGGUGACAUGGGGUCAUAUACUUGUGUUGCAGAAAAUAUGGUUGGAAAAGCUGAAGCAUCAGCUACUUUGACUGUCCAAGUUGUGUCUGAACCUCCACAUUUUGUUGUGAAGCCCCGGGACCAGGUUGUGGCCUUGGGGCGAACUGUAACUUUCCAGUGUGAAGCAACCGGAAAUCCUCAACCAGCUAUUUUUUGGAGGAGAGAAGGGAGUCAGAAUCUACUGUUUUCAUAUCAGCCACCACAGUCAUCCAGCCGUUUUUCAGUCUCCCAGACUGGUGACCUCACUAUUACUAAUGUCCAGCGAUCUGAUGUUGGUUAUUAUAUCUGCCAGACUUUAAAUGUUGCCGGAAGUAUCAUCACAAAAGCAUAUUUGGAAGUUACCGAUGUGAUUGCAGACCGACCUCCCCCAGUCAUUCGACAAGGUCCUGUGAAUCAGACGGUAGCAGUGGAUGGUACCUUAGCGCUCAGCUGUGUGGCCACAGGCAGUCCAGUGCCCACAAUUCUGUGGAGAAAGGAUGGGGUUCUUGUUUCAACCCAAGAUUCUCGAAUUAAACAGCUUGAGACUGGAGUUCUGCAGAUCCGAUAUGCGAAGCUGGGUGACACUGGUCGCUACACCUGCAUCGCAACCACCCCAAGUGGUGAAGCAACAUGGAGUGCUUAUAUUGAAGUCCAAGAAUUUGGAGUUCCAGUUCAGCCUCCCAGACCCACCGACCCAAACUUAAUCCCUAGUGCUCCCUCCAAACCUGAAGUUAUAGAUGUCAGUAGAAAUACAGUAACGUUGUCAUGGCAACCAAACUUGAAUUCAGGUGCAACUCCAACAUCUUAUAUUCUAGAAGCUUUCAGCCAUGCAUCUGGUAGCAGUUGGCAGACGGUAGCAGAGAAUGUGAAAACAGAAACUUUUGCCAUUAAAGGACUCAAACCUAAUGCAAUUUACCUUUUCCUUGUGAGGGCAGCGAAUGCAUAUGGAAUUAGUGAUCCCAGCCAGAUAUCAGAUCCAGUGAAAACACAAGAUGUUCCUCCAACAAGUCAGGGAGUGGAUCACAAGCAGGUCCAGAGGGAACUGGGAGAUGUUGUACUGCACCUCCACAACCCAACCAUCCUCUCUUCCUCUUCAAUCGAAGUUCACUGGACAGUGGACCAACAGUCUCAGUACAUUCAAGGAUAUAAAAUUCUUUAUCGGCCAUCUGGAGCCAACCAUGGAGAAUCGGAGUGGUUAGUUUUUGAAGUGAGAACACCAACCAAAAAUAGCGUGGUUAUCCCUGAUCUCAAAAAGGGAGUCAACUAUGAAAUCAAAGCUCGUCCUUUUUUUAAUGAAUUUCAAGGAGCAGACAGUGAAAUUAAAUUUGCUAAAACCCUGGAAGAAGCACCCAGUGCCCCACCUCAAAGUGUAACUGUAUCAAAGAAUGAUGGAAAUGGAACUGCAAUUCUUGUUAGUUGGCAGCCUCCUCCAGAAGACACUCAAAAUGGAAUGGUCCAAGAGUACAAGGUUUGGUGUUUGGGCAAUGAAACUCGUUACCAUAUAAACAAAACGGUGGAUGGUUCCACAUUGUCUGUGGUCAUUCCCUCUCUGGUCCCCGGGGUCCGGUACAGCGUGGAGGUGGCCGCCAGCACGGGGGCUGGGCCAGGGGUGAAGAGCGAGCCACAGUUUAUCCAACUAGACUCUCAUGGCAACCCGGUGUCCCCGGAGGACCAGGUGAGCCUCGCGCAGCAGAUCUCCGACGUGGUGAAGCAGCCCGCGUUCAUCGCGGGCCUGGGCGCGGCCUGCUGGGUCAUCCUCAUGGUCUUCAGCAUCUGGCUCUACCGGCACCGCAAGAAGAGGAGCGGGCUGGCCAGCACCUACGCGGGUAUCAGGAAAGUCCCGUCUUUUACCUUCACACCAACAGUAACUUAUCAGAGAGGAGGCGAAGCUGUAAGCAGUGGAGGGAGGCCAGGACUUCUCAACAUCAGUGAGCCCGCUGCACAGCCCUGGCUGGCAGACACAUGGCCUAACACUGGCAACAAUCACAAUGACUGCUCCAUCAAUUGCUGCACCGCAGGCAGUGGGAACAGCGAUAGCAACCUCACUACCUACAGUCGCCCAGCUGAUUGUAUAGCAAAUUAUAACAACCAACUGGAUAACAAACAAACAAAUCUGAUGCUCCCUGAGUCAACUGUUUAUGGUGAUGUGGACCUUAGUAACAAAAUCAAUGAGAUGAAAACCUUCAAUAGCCCAAAUCUGAAGGAUGGGCGUUUUGUCAAUCCAUCAGGGCAGCCCACUCCCUACGCCACCACCCAGCUCAUCCAGUCAAACCUCAGCAACAACAUGAACAACGGCAGUGGGGACUCCGGCGAGAAGCACUGGAAGCCACCCGGGCAGCAGAAACAAGAAAUGGCGCCGAUUCAGUAUAACAUCAUGGAGCAAAACAAACUGAACAAAGAUUAUCGAGCAACUGACACAAUUCCUCCAACUAUCCCAUACAACCAAUCAUAUGACCAGAACACAGGAGGAUCCUACAAUAGUUCUGACCGGGGCAGUAGUACAUCUGGGAGUCAAGGGCACAAGAAAGGGACACGAACACCCAAAGUACCAAAGCAAGGUGGCAUGAACUGGGCAGAUCUGCUGCCCCCACCCCCGGCGCAUCCUCCUCCUCAUAGUAACAGCGAAGAGUUCAGUAUUUCUGUGGAUGACAGCUAUGACCAAGAAAUGCCUUGUCCAGUGCCACCAGCGAGGAUGUAUCUACAACAAAACGAACUGGAAGAGGAGGAAGAUGAGCGAGGCCCCACACCCCCCAUCCGAGGAGCAGCAUCUUCUCCAGCCGCUGUGUCCUACAGCCACCAGUCCACGGCCACCCUGACCCCGUCUCCACAGGAGGAGCUGCAGCCCAUGCUACAGGACUGCCCUGAGGAGAGUGGCCACCUGCAGCACCAGCCCGACAGGAGACGGCAGCCGGUGAGCCCGCCGCCGCCCCCGCGGCCCAUCUCCCCGCCGCACACCUACGGCUACAUCUCGGGGCCGCUGGUGUCGGACAUGGACACGGACGCGCCCGAAGAGGAGGAGGACGAGGCCGACGUGGAGGUGGCGAAGAUGCAGACCAGGAGGCUUCUGCUGCGGGGGCUGGAGCAGACCCCGGCCUCCAGUGUCGGGGACCUGGAGAGCUCCGUCACUGGCUCCAUGAUCAACGGCUGGGGCUCGGCCUCGGAGGAGGACAACAUCUCCAGCGGCCGCUCCAGUGUCAGCUCCUCCGACGGCUCCUUCUUCACCGACGCUGACUUCGCCCAGGCCGUGGCGGCCGCCGCCGAGUACGCCGGCCUGAAGGUGGCCCGGCGCCAGAUGCAGGACGCGGCGGGCCGCCGACACUUCCAUGCAUCCCAGUGCCCUCGGCCCACAAGUCCUGUUUCCACCGACAGCAACAUGAGCACCGCUGUGAUGCAGAAGACCAGGCCAGCCAAGAAGCCAAAACACCAGCCGGGACACCUGCGCAGAGAAGCCUACACAGAUGAUCUUCCACCUCCUCCUGUGCCACCACCUGCUAUAAAGUCACCCACUGUCCAAUCCAAGGCACAGCUGGAAGUACGACCUGUUAUGGUGCCAAAACUUCCUUGUAUAGAAGCAAGAACAGACAGAUCAUCAGAUAGAAAAGGAGGCAAUUAUAAGGGGAGGGAAGUAUUGGAUGGAAGAUCAGUUGCUGAAAUGCGAACAAAUCCAGGUGAACCCAGAGAAGCACAGGAACAGCAAAAUGAUGGGAAAGGACGCGGAAACAAGGCAGCAAAACGGGACCUUCCACCAGCAAAGACUCAUCUCAUCCAAGAGGAUAUUCUGCCUUACUGUAGACCUACUUUUCCGACAUCCAAUAAUCCCAGAGAUCCUAGUUCUUCAAGUUCAAUGUCAUCAAGGGGAUCAGGAAGCAGACAAAGAGAACAAGCAAAUGUAGGUCGAAGAAAUAUUGCAGAAAUGCAAAUUCUUGGAGGAUAUGAAAGAGGAGAAGAUAAUAAUGAAGAAUUAGAGGAAACUGAAAGCUGA